UAAGUUACGUACUUAAACCCGAAUAAUCUAACACCAACACAACCCUCCUUCUGCUCCGCGCGAUACUCCACACUUUCAAAACCCAGCACUAUCUCAAUAUGUGCAAGCAACAACUCAUCCCUUUCACAGCUUUCUUAGCUGGCAUAUUCCACCUCACACUUGGUCUAUACAUUCCAGAGUCUUUCUCAGCCUCCGCAACAUUAUCCCUCACGUCCCUCACUCCUAGACAAGUAGGCUAUACCUAUUGCCACACCGAGCAAGCAGGAACAUGCACCAUCGCAUAUAUCAUCAAUCACAAGGAAGCCCUCCCUCUUAGCAUUCAAAUCCUCGAUAACAACUGCGAGAACGGAAUAGGAGGCAAAAAAUAUCUACUAAUAAAUGCCACUCCUGACGACAUCGAAACAGAUCCUAUCCAAACAUCACCGACUACAAAAUUUACAGUGGAGUAUAUUGCGGAUGACAAGCCUGCUAGGAUAAAAGCGGAUGGAAAAGAAAUGUUCUGGAGAUCGGCGGAUAAGGGCGGCAAAAAGAUUUGGACUGCGCCUUUUGAUUGUCAUUUGCGGAGAGGAAAGUCAAAUACGUAGUUUUAUGGGGUGGGUGUUUGGUUAUGAUGCUGGUCGUCAUGAUGCCGAGUCGGUUAUAUGGUUUUGGAUAGCAUGGAGCACAUAGCAUAAAGAAUUAAACUCGUUGUUUUUCAAUUUGCUUGCCUAACUGAACUUAUAACCUGGCUUCAUUAGUUGAUAUAGAUAUGCUAUUUCCCGUUUCUGAAUAUGUGUAAAUGACAAUUUCGGCUACUCCUGAAGUGCAAUACUAGAAAGUAAAACUCAUUUAUUCAAUAUCUCGGAGUCGUGAUAGAAGAGUCUUACAACCUUUAGCACCGCGAUAUGUGUACAAGCUGAUAUUCCGAAAGUGAAUAUCAACAUAUGAUUCGAUAACUUCCUCACAACAGGGAUCUGGAGUGACUGUCCAAAUUCAAUGAAUCGAUAUUCUCUUCCCAC